AUGAAUUCGCUCAGCAACAUCCAACGCAGUCCCCGCACGGGGAAUACCGAGUUCGAGGAGAGCGCUGCCACCACCGUGGUCGACCCGGCUCUUGCUACCGCUCCAGCGGUCCCCGUCGACCAGGUCGCCCCCGCCGUCCCCGCCGUCCCUGCCGCCUCCCCUGCCGGUCCGACCACCACCACCACCACCACUCGCUUCCGCACCCCCCGUCCCUCCCGCCCCAACCGCCAGCCGCGCUCCCUCCUUAGCCAGCGCUUCGGCUCCCCCACCCGCGGCAGCAGCAGCAGCACCACCACCACCAACGCCGACAACACCACCACCACCACCACCGACGGAGACCGGGAGAUGAUCACCAGCCUCCUCGCCGCCGCCGGCCCAUUCGCCCGCAUCUGCCCCAUCUCCCUCCAGCGCGCGGGCCUGGGCCCCCACCACCUCGCCUGUCCCCUUCGCAACUGCACUCUGCAGCAGCUCUGCGAUACGCACCCCGCCGACCUCCCGCUGCACAUGUACCACGGCUGCCAGCUCGCCCACGUCAAGGCCACCUGCCUCGCCAGCGUCCAGGCCGCGCACGUGACGGAGCCGCGGCUCCUCCACCGCGAACGCUACAUCCACUGCGAGGAUACGGAUCCGUUGGGCGGUGAGUGGAUGAUGCGACGAGCGGCCGCCGAACUGACAGAGCUGCACGCGCGUGGAGAGGUGGGUGUUCAGACCUAG